AUGGAGGCUGCUAUCGCUCUGGGAGUCGAGAAACUCGAAGUAAUUGGGGAUUCAAACUUGGUAGUCUCUCAGGCCAAUGGAGAUUGGAAGGUCCGUGAGGAAAAGCUGAAACCGUAUCACCAAGAUCUGGAAGAGCUGAUCCCUCGCUUCAAUAAGGUGACAUUCACCCAUGUCCCUCGAUUAAAGAACCAGUUCGCCGAUGCCUUGGCCACUUUGGCUUCUAUGAUUGAACUCCCGAUUGGUGUCAAGCUGCGAUCAAUUGUGAUCAAACAGAGGGAUUUCCCUGCUUACGAGUACAUCAACGCCAUCGAUGAUGUAGAUGAUGGCCUACCUUGGUAUCAUGACAUUUGA